AUGACGACACAACGGUGAAAAGAAAGAGGAAGUGAAGUGACUCGCUAGAUACCGAACAAAUCUUGCUUACUCUCGUAAGAAGAUUUACAUUACAACUUACAAGCCAUGGACACAUGUGAUGUGAAGAUGUACUACAUCCUCAUAGAGGAACCUGAGUUACCCAUGUUGCUCAUCAAUGCUGGCCACAUCUGUUACAUCAAGGAGAGCAGGUACAUGUCAAUGCUUAGCAGAUCUGCAUGUCUGCAGGAAUUGCCUGUCAUCUGUAGGGGCUCCAGUUAUGACAGGUUCCUGAAGGUAAAUGACCUAAAACCAGUGACUGCUAAGGAGGCAGAGCUGCUGCAAGCCCUAGGAGAGGACUCCGAGAGACUGAAGUGGUAUUUAGAGAGGGAUGCUUUGGCUACAGCCCUGGGUUUAACUAAGGAUACACCUGUCACUGUGGAGUUGGAUGGGAAGUGGCUGCAGGGAAUUGUACGGUACGUCGGAAGGUUGACAGAGCCAAAGUUCACAGACCCCAUCGUAGGAACCUUCUUUGGCAUUGAACUACAGGGAGAAGACAAAGGAAAGGGACCAUCAGAUGGGACAUAUCUGUCAAAAACCCUAUUCCCCUGCAAGAAAGACUGUGGGAUUUUUGCUCCAUUUUCCAGAGUGAAACCCAUGUUUUCCAAACCCAAAUUGGUGUCCAAGUGUCUGACCUUUCCAGCAGCCCAGCUGGCCCCGCAACUGUCGUCCCAACAGGCCCAACAUCAGCCCCUCUCCACCGGAGACAGAGUCACCUUCUUCAUGGACGAGGACAUCCUCCAUGGGAUGGUGAUGGAUCUGGAGGAGAAGGACGGCAGGACGUUAGUCAUCAUCUCUACUGACCGGGAUGAGAAGAUCACUCUACCGCUGGACAGCGUCAUCAAAGGGGAACUGCUUCAACAGGAGCCUGAGCCUAUGGAGACUGAUAAGGCCGUUAUGUCUAUGGAGGAGGUUCACCCCUUGGGGCUUGGUGUUGACUCUCUGGUGGAGGUGACUCUGGCUAUAGGACCUGGCUAUGGAACCAUCCGCUGGAUAGGCACUUUGCCUGGGCAGAAAGGAACCUACGCUGGACUGGAGCUGGAGGAUGGGUACACUGGGGUUAGUAAUGGUACCUUUAAAGACCAUCGGUUCUUCAGAUGUCUUCCUAGACAAGGUCUCUUCGUCAAGCUUCUAUCCUGCCGGCCUGACUCCCGCUUCCAGGGGGCAUCAGCCAAUGUCCUUCAAGAGAGACCGGCAUUGCGCAGCCCUGGGGCGCUCCCCUCCUCCCCCAUCGCCUCUGACCAGGUUGAGAGGAUGCUGAUUGGUCGAAUGAAGGGGAUCCAGGGCCAUAUAAACUCUUGCUACAUGGACUCGGCCCUCUUCAGUCUGUUCUCCUGUUCCUCAGUGCUGGACUCCCUGCUGUUUAAGACUAGACCUGGUCAGUCUCCAGGGGGAAAGGUCCAGGACAGUUACUGUUAUCAAAUCUUCCUGGAUAACAACCACAGCCUGGUUCUGCCUACUGUCCAACACCUGCUGGAACACUCCUUCCACAGUGCAGGACUCAAACUGGCAGAGGUGCCGUCUUGUCUGAUCCUCCAGAUGCCUCGCUUUGGGAAGAAGUUCAAGAUGUUUCAGAAGAUUAUCCCUUCACUGGAGCUGGACAUUACUGACCUCCUCUCUGAAGGUCCCCAGCAGUGUGUGUUGUGUGGUCAGCUGGCAUAUGAGGAGUGUGUGGACUGCUUCAGAGACCCAGUCUUCAGCAGGACAGGAUUUAAAGUGUUCUGCAGGACCUGCUCCUCUCAGGUGCACUCUCACCCCGAGCGGCUGUCCCACAGCCCCUCCCCCCUGCAGCUCCCUGAGGGUUACCCUGCCCACACUACCCUCCGACCCCCACCCCCUGCCCCACCCAGAGAGAGACUGGAGCUGUUUGCAGUGCUGUGCAUAGAGACCAGUCACUAUGUCUCCUUCAUCAAACAUGGACCAAACAGCACAGACUGGAUCUUCUUUGACAGCAUGGCUGACAGACAUGGAGAGAGGGAUGGCUUCAACAUUCCCCAGGUGGAGGCAUGUCCAGAGGUCGGCAUGUACCUGGUCAUGUCACCCGCCGAGCUGGCCAACCAGGUGCCUCGGGACAUGAAGGGCGUGGCUAAGCGUCUGUUCUGUGAUGCCUACAUGUACCUGUACCAGAGUACCAGCAUCAGCCUCUACCGCUGACAGAAGGCGGGACCACAUGGGUAAUUCCACACCUCAAAUUUGAGCGUUGUACAACUAUUGUACUACUUGUCUGUAAGUAAAAAUGGAUGGGACCUCUGUUCACUGCUUAUACUGUCCAAAUGGCCCAAAUGUUAUAGUGCCUUAUGAUAGUGUGUGUGUGUGUGUGUGUGUGUGUGUGUGUGUGUGUGUGUGUGUGUGUGUGUGUGUGUGUGUGUGUGUGUGUGUGUGUGUGUGUGUGUGUGUGUGUG